AUGAGUUGGGAUCGUCCGGUCCAUAGCUUCAGCUAUUCCAAUGGCGAGCCCCAGACCCCGACGAGAACCCCGACCUCCGCAGCCUUUGCUGAAUCCUCUUUCCAAACUCCCAAAUUCGAAUCGAGUUUCUACGACCCUCGCGUGACAUGGGAUACUGCCGAUCCAUAUGCUUCAAGUCCGGAGCUGCUUAAGACUCCGCAGAGAUUUGUCUUCGGGACUCCCUCAAAUGGUUUACAGCAACACCGGCAACAGGAUCUUGAUGCUUCGUUCGGACAGCAUCCCUCGCCCAAUGCUACACUAAAGGGACCUGCGAAUACUGAUACCGUUAAGCGAAGACCGUCGACGAAGCCCACUGCCGCUAGUGUCUUUGGAGAAGAAGGACCGGGAACAAUCAACUCAGUCCGUUCAGCUGCCACCAUCCAAACACCACCGCCGACACGGACAUCAAAUAGGAAGACUUUGCAUUCGGAUGAACAAGGAUACUUUGGGAGUUCCAGGAAACUGUCUGAAGUCACGCAAACGCAGUUGGAGACACCGAGUCGGAUAAUCGCCUCGUCACCGCAUUUGUUUGCCAAUUUCCAGAAUUCGCCCGAUUUCUUCCAGUUCUCCAAUAUCGAUGCUACUUCGUCUCCGUUUUUCCCACAGCAGAAACUCUUCCUCGACCAGGAUGUGGGAAAUGUCCCGUUACAGGUCUCAAACGACCCCUUUGCUGAUACCAGGCCCUCGUUCAUGACAACAUCAGCUGUGUCUCAAGUGCAGGCACUUGAAGUUCCUCCGCUUCCUACUAUACAGGGAUCUUUAGACUUGCCUGAUUUUGGCACCGAUAUGAGCUUUGGUAUGGGGUCAACAGCUCCGGCAGAUGCAGCUCUGUUUCCAACCCCCUUCUCGGCGUCCCCUCGAGUACCAAUCACAAAGACCGAAGAUCCUAGCUUGUUUCUGAGCUCACCUGCUCGACGAUUCGGUCCGCCACAGCCGAUGCCACAGCCGAUGAGUGCUUCUCGACCUACAAAGAGACAGCCGUAUCACCACCAAACUGAAGAAGCCAAAAGGGAGCAACUACGCCGUACAACAAGCAGAAGUGCCCGUCAACCCCUGGCUGGAGCUUUUUCGGAUGAUGAGGUCAAUGAUGAGGAUGAGGGCUUUACGCCGCGAGCUGCACCAACUCUUCGUCCUGGAUUGGCUAGAAGUAAAACGACAACUGCUAUUUCAGCUACACAACAGUCGCGGCAGCAGAGUCAGCAGUCGUCCAGCAGUCUGGCAUCGACGAGUGGCAUCAAGAAAACGCCGUCUAAAGGCCGUUCAUCUCCCGUCAAAGCCAUGAGACCAUCAUUACCACGAGCAAGCUCGGCCUGUGUUCCAACCCGGUCACAGUCAUUAAUCCUAAAAAUUGACAAGGAUGGGCGUGCAAAGACGGAACUUCAAGAUGCCCCAGGAAAAGUCGUGUCUAGUGGUUUUACUGGUCUGACAGAUCCAAUCUCUGAAAUGGAUAUCGACGGAUCAAUUACCGAGAGCGAAACCGAUUCUGCUGAGUUUUCUGACAGUUCUGCUUUCCAUAGCACACACCAUUCAUUUGCAUUUCCAGCGUCAACCCUUACGAAGCCCAAGGUCAGUCGGACGGGGUCUAUAUCACGACCCAACUCGAAGAGCUCCUUUGCAUCUACCAUCAGCAGCUCGUCGGCUUCUGGACGUCGAUCACCAUGGGCAGAGUCACGGCCGAUACGACCUCAAUCUGCUAUAGUGUCAUCCGAUUGGAUAAAUACUCCUCAACGGUUUGCGACAAUCACCAAUGCCAGCUUUACGCGUCAGUCAUCUUCUACAGAUAGCACCCUCCCGGAUCCAGACGAAGACACAGGAGACGCACAACAUGCCCUGAGACAGGUUCUCAAGGGACGAGGGAGGAAUACAAUCGGCCGAGCUCCAGGUAGUAAUGUUAUGAAAGCACGAAUGUCCGGUUCACAAACGAUGCAUAACCUACGGUCAUCACCACCGGGUAUACACUCAGUGUUUGAUCUGGGUUCUGGUGACCCUACCACGUCGCCUACUACACUUACGGAUCCUGAUUUGGCGACGCCGGGUUCAGACAGGCACAGCAAUCCUAGUAGUGGUACGCGAUGUGUUUGCAAGUCAUUGGACAAUGGCGGCCAUCUUAUGAUUCAGUGUCAUUGGCUACACACAAAAUGUGUUGGUCUCGACCGAGCCAACUUACCUCCAGUGUACAUAUGUGUAUACUGUUCCUCGACACCGAUGCGUGGCGGACGUCUACGAGAUCCAUUAGCAGCAAUGUCUCAAACAGCAUCGUCACCACUAGCGCGAAAGUCAUUUCGAUAUCGCUGA